AAAAAAAAAAACAAAAAAAAAAAAAAAACAAUACAAAUAAACACUUCAAUAAAAAAAUAAAUAGUGUAAUGGAAGGAGCUCUCACGAACAAAAUGGGUAUGGUGUUCUUGCUUUGGCUCUUUGCCAUGGCGUUUGUUGUGCAGGCGGAGGAUCCCUACCUGUUCCACGAAUGGAAGGUGACGUACGGCAAACUGUCCCCGCUUGGUGUGGCCAAAGAUGUGAUUCUCAUCAAUGGUAAAUUUCCAGGCCCCACGAUCAACGGCACAUCCAACAACAACGUUGUUGUGAAUGUGUUUAAUGAAUUGGAUGAACCAUUGCUAUUCCACUGGAAUGGUAUUCAACAAAGGAAGAACUCCUGGCAAGACGGCAUGCCGGGAACCACGUGUCCCAUCCUGCCCGGUACCAACUAUACAUAUCAUUUCCAGGUGAAGGAUCAGAUCGGCACCCAUUUUUACUUCCCUUCCACCAGCCUCCACCGCUCCGCGGGUGGAUACGGCGCCCUCACCGUCCACAGCCGUGAACUCAUCCCCGUCCCCUUCGACUGGCCCGCUGACGAGUUCUAUAUCUUCCUCAGCGACUGGUACAAUAAGGGCCACAGGGAUCUGAAGAAAACCCUCGACGACGGCCACACCAUCGCCAGGCCUAACGGGCUGGUGAUCAACGCCAAGCACGGCGAGGUUGGGGACAAGAUGGAGCCACUUGCAACCUUAGAGGCUGGGAAGACAUACAGGUUUAGAGUUUGUAAUGUGGGGAUGAGGACCUCCAUGAAUUUCAGGUUCCAAGGUCACAGCAUGGUUCUAGUGGAAGUGGAGGGGUCUCACGUUGUACAGAACGAUUACGACUCCCUUGAUCUCCACACCGGACAGUGCCUCUCGGUUUUGGUCACCGCCGAUCAAGACCCAAAGGAUUACUACUUGGUGGCCACCAGCAGAUUCUUAAAGAACCAGCUCUCCACCGUGGGUCUCAUCAAAUACGCCAACGGGAAAGGCGCCGCCGCAGCCGAAUUGCCCCCACCUCCACCCGAUGGCACCGAAGGUAUCGCCUGGUCUAUUAACCAGUUCCGAUCUUUCAGAUGGAAUUUAACCGCCAGCGCCGCCCGCCCCAACCCCCAGGGCUCCUACCACUACGGCGAAAUCGAAAUCACCCGCACCUUGAAACUCGUCAACACGAAGAGCGAGGAGGGAGGCAAGCUCCGAUACGCAAUCAACGGCGUCUCCCACACCGACCCCGACACCCCUCUCAAGCUCAUCGAGUACUUCGAAUUGAAAGACAACAAGGAGGCGUCGUUUAAGUACGACCUGAUGCCGGACCAGCCCACCGGCGACACCAGCAAGGUGAUCCUCGCCCCCAACGUGAAGAACGCCACCUUCCGCAACUUCGUGGAGAUCAUCUUCGAGAACCACGAGAAAGUCAUCCAGUCAUACCACAUCAACGGCUACUCGUUCUUCGCAGUGGGCAUUGAGCCAGGGAAAUGGAGCCCUGAGAAGAGAAAGAACUACAACUUGGUGGACGCCAUUAACAGACACAACAUCCAGGUCUACCCCAACUGCUGGGCCGCCGUGAUGACCACCCUGGAUAACGCGGGAAUGUGGAAUGUGAGGUCAGAAAUGUGGGAGAGAUUCUACUUGGGACAACAAUUCUACUUCAGUGUCCUCUCCCCAGAACGCUCAUUGAGAGAUGAGUACAACAUUCCUGAUAAUCAGCUGCUGUGCGGUGCAGUCAAGGGGAAGCCCCUGCCAAAGCCAUACACCAUCUAAAACACUAUUCUCAUCUACAAACAUAUAUAAAUUUAUUCUCAAUUUCAUUUACUUCUUUAAGUUUAAACAAAUAAUGAUACAUACUGUAUUGUAUCAUGUAUCCUACAGUACCCAGCUAUUGCUCCUUGUUUUCACCGUCUUUCCUUCAAUUCUUUAUAUUUGAAUAAGAAAAAAUUAUGUUAUUCA